CUGUCUUGUAGGUCCUCUUGAGAGCACCAUGUUUUUACAACUUUCAACUUUUCUGUACCAACCCUGCCCAUCUAUUGAAUGGUUCUCUGCCACUCACUCAUGUAUGAGAUUGUCUACAGAACAGCCAAAUAUGAUGCAGUUUCUUCCUAUAACGUGAUCCUCCACGAUUCAGGGACCUGAAUACUGAACCAAGAUGGCACCUAUUCUGUUAGAAAGCGUGAUUCUACCAGCCGGUGUGUCCUUAAUGCAUGCAUUUCAAUUAACAUCAUUUGCUCGUCAAACUGGCCAAGCAAGGAGAAAGUUUGACGUCCCAUACCCAGCCAUCACAGGAGAUGAGAGGUUCAUGCGAUACUUCAGAGCACAACAGAAUACAAUAGAGUUUGCACCCAUCUUCUACCCCCUCUUAUGGUCUGCUGCCCUCUUCUGUCAUCCAGUCCCAGCAGCCCUUGUUGGACUGGUGUACCUGUAUGGCCGUAGCCAGUACUUCAAGGGAUAUGUCAAGGAGGUCAAAGGAAGACUCUUUGGUUUUGGUGUCUGCGUAAAUGCCUUGAAGCUCCUCAUGGCAAUGUCUGUAGGCGGUAUAGCCCACUUCGCUCUCGUUACCUACGCUGGUGUCGACGUGAAACGGAUGGUCAUGGCCAGACUGAAUUUAUAAUCUGAAACUCAAACUUCACCUUUAACCCGACAGAACAGGCACUACCAAAGGCUGCGAAGUACUUCUGGGUCAUACCUUUAAGUUGGGGCAAAAAUUAUGGCGAUGUCCAUGUAACAUUGGUAUGAGAUCUUGUACUACACAUGAAAGAUAAAUUUAUAUGUAAUGAAAGUGCCCUGCCAGAAUCACAAUGUUAGUUUCAAAUCUUAUCAUUUAUCAAUGUGGAAUUUGAUUUACUACUGGCAAAUGUUUCUGGCUAGAUAUGUACACUAUUUUGAGAUUUAAAAAAAAAGAGGCCUAUAAAUUAUUGCUCCUACUAUGAAUUAAACUGAAAUAUGUGAUUUACUAAAUGACUUCUGAUUAUGAAGAAACAGAUUUUGUUAAUUUUUUGAAAAUUAAUUAUUGAAUAUCCAUGUACAUAAUAUGCUGCGAAGAAUUGAGAAAUAUGUCUAUUUUGUGCCAUUUUUUAAUGUCAAUGCAGUUCUUGUCUAUGCAUUCCUCAAUCCACCAGUUCAAAGUGACAACUCAAAGUGCUAAAAUUGAUAUUUGUGGUGUAUUUUCUUUGGAGAGAUAAUAGUUAUGGCCCCCCCCCCCUUCAUGAAAUUGAAUAAUCAGGUUGGCAUGUGUUUCAAGAGAAGGUUGAGUUCUGGGGAAAAAAAGAUGUGAGCUACCUUCCUUACAUUAAAAAAAAAAAUGUCUACUGAAAUAUGUCCUCAUAUUUGAAAUAAGACGAGUAAUUACCUCCACACUCCAGUUUCUUUCAUGAUGCAAUCGCAUGACCAGAACUCAAUUUUAUCUUUUAUAAACAUUCAUUUAAUGUAUAUAUACUUUAAUUAGAUCUUCAUGAACUGUCAAUUUCAUAUAGAAUGUAUAUGUUGGUACUUGGUAGAAUUUGAUUUUGGUAUCAAACUGGGACACACAACCCCAAUAAUAAGCCAUUCCAGUGACACUGGGCAGACACUUGUACAACCCAUUGAGAUGACUGCUGGUCUGCAUUUAUGUAAUCAUUCAUUAUGUAUACGCAGGUGGAAGUAUUCUUUUCAAGAGGGCAAUAUUCAUGGGGGCCAUUUGUACAAGUGGCUUAUUGACACAUCCAUAUAAGGCAAUGAAAUACUAGAUAUUAGACAGUGAUAUUCCAAUUCCAUCGUAGCAUUUUAUUGUUGGAUCAUGAAGUGUUCUAUUCUACAAAUGUACAAAUGUUUCACAUUCAUUAGAAUUUACACAUUUACAGACACGAGACAUGCAGUGCUUGAAGUUUGAGAUGAAAUCAUAUCCAUUUUUAAUUUGAAAAGCAUCGGACCAAAGAUGUAUUAAUUCUGUAAUGAUAAGAGUUAAAUGUAAUCAUGUAUUUAAUUAUUUGAACCAUGUUUUAUUGUAAUAAGUACAUGUGUAUAAUCAAAGUUAAUUACUGUGAAGUGCAGCAAUAUGAAUUGUUCCAUUCAAAAAUUCAUGUUGAUCUUUAAUGUCAUUUUUGUUCUAUCUGCUAAGCUCUACCCGUAAAAAAAAAACCUCCAAAAGCAAAUGACUUUUGUGACAUCAUGCCAGUCAGCUAGAUGAACAAAAGAAAUUUGUAUGUCCCUUCCCAUCAACUGCCUCAAACAUAGUGCCAAGCAACAACAUGAAGAAAAGGGUUUCAAUCAGCUAUUGUAUGAAAACGUGCAAUAAGGUCUUUUGUUCAUCUAGCCGACAAAAGUCAUUUGCUUUUGGAGGGUUUUUUUGGGGUGGAGCUUAGCAGGUAGAACAAAAGUAAUUAAAAAAUAAUUUAUUUUAUGAUAUGGUGUAUACAAAAGUCAACAUGAAUUUGUAAUCGUACACAAAUGAUUUGCUCGCGCCAUUUUAACUUGAGGGUAAACAAACCCCCGAC